AGGUCCACGGCCUAAAGGAAGCCAGCCCAAGAAGCUAAUCGGCUUGAUCGUGAUCUGAGUUGGUUGGAAGCACGUGCUGGUCGACGGUUGAAGAAGCGAAUAAGCUGAUUCAAAGUUCGUUGGAGGACACUCGAGAAUCAAAUGUUACGAAGGUGGAGCAAAGUACUUUCUCCAAUCUCCAAAUUUGGAUCGCAGAGCCAUCUUAAUUUCGUCAAGAAUGUCACGCGCCAAAGCUACGCUGGGGUUGCACCCGCGCCCACGAUAGAGGACAAACCUCAAUCCCCUGCGGUUAACCCACACAAAAUGUUUUGGUCUAAACCCUGUUCGCUAGCCCUGCCCCCUGACUCAACCCUCAGAGUUGAAGAACCUAAUUAUCAGGGCAUCAAGCGUUUCAUGCUCAAACUCAUGUUGUUUUAUAGUAAGCAGAGCAGGUCAAUUCGAGGGGCUAAUGUUGUCUACCAUAGAAUCAUUUCACAAGUUGAUAAACCUCCCAUUUAUGAAGCUUUUAACUUGGAGAAAACUUUCAAAACAACGUUCUCUUUACUUGUACUUCAUAUGUGGUUAUGUUUGCGUCGCUUGAAGCAAGAGGGAAAUGAGGGUGUUGAAUUUGGGCAAUACCUUUAUGAGAUUUACAAUCAUGAUGUGGAGCUAAGAGUGUCCAAAGCUGGAGUUAACCUACUACUGACUAAGUGGAUGAAAGAGCUCGAGAAGAUAUUUUAUGGGAACAUUGUUGCCUAUGAUACUGCAAUACUUCCAGAAGCUAAACCGGGUGAUUUCUCCAAAGUUAUAUGGAGGAAUAUAUUCUCUGAAGAUGGGUCUUCAACAGAAGACGAUGCUGCAUCUCAAUCAGUGCAGGCGCUCGCCAGGUAUGCUCGCCGGGAAGAAAGUUGCAUGACUUUAACAGAUAAAGAAGCACUAUUUUCAGGGAAUUUCAUGUUCACCUCGUUGAAACAUGAGAACGGAAGACGGAAGGGGUGAUUGAAAAUACACGAUGUUGUUUUUUUACUUUUCUUACAAAAAAAAUGUUGAAUAAUUAGGACAAAAGGCUUGUGUCCUUCUCCCUAAAUCUUUAUACCUGAUUAGCUUGGUGUCUAGAUACUAUAUUUUUUUCAUAUUCUUUGCUCUGUAAAACAAGAAAAGAAAGAGGUGGGCGUGAUUAAAAAGUGUCGCUCUUUCUUUUGAAGGUCCUCUGUUCUUUACAGCGUCUUAGCUGCUAUUAAGCUUGCCUUCGAAACGGAGUUUAUAUGACAGUAAUAAUGAUAUCUAUAAUUUCUGUUUGUGAUAA